GUAGACCAAAAUUUAACUGGAACGACAAGGGCAAAUCCCAAUAUAACCCAAAUUGAAAGCAAACCGUGGACGCACGCGUAACAAAUCAACCGCUUCUGUUGUGCCAAUUUUCCUUUAAUUCACAAUUAAUGUUGCAUAAAUCCUAGCCCUAUCAUCCUCUACCCACCAUCAGCAGAUUCUCUGAUACCUCUCUCUGUUUCAGGUUGCUUUCAGUUACCUGUUUGUUAGGGUUUCAUCUCUCCUCUCUCCUUUUAUUUAUUUUGGAGAGAGUCAGUAGAUGAAAGGCUCGAACACUGAUCUUUUCGACCCCAGAACGGACAUGGAGUCGGUCUAUUCCCGUGGGGCUUCUUCUUCCGAUGGAGAUUUUGGUUUCGCCUUUAACGAUAUUAAUUUUUCUGACCGGCUUCUUCGGAUCGAGAUCAUGGGCGAGUCCCCUGAUGACAGGUCUGAUGGCGAAGGAUGCACUAGUAUUGCCGAUUGGGCUAGGCAUCGCAAGAGAAGGAGAGAAGAUAUCAAGAAGGACAAUGCUGUGGAGGUCUCUGUAGGCGCUGAGGAGCAGAUUUUAAGUUGUAACCAACCUGACAUGGAUGAUUGUCUGGGCUGUGAAAAUCAAGAUGAGGAAGCGGUGGCAAUGAUUGAAGAGUCACCUUCAGGGGAUGAAGCUGCAGAUUUUAAUGAAUCAGCCUCGAGCAUGGAUUGCUCAAGCAUUGUGAGAGUUAAAACACUACACAUCAGCUCCCCCAUUUUAGCUGCAAAAAGUCCAUUUUUCUACAAGCUCUUCUCAAAUGGGAUGAUGGAGUCAGAGCAGCGGCAUGUGACACUACGGAUCAAUGCUUCUGAGGAAGCUGCUCUCAUGGACCUUCUGAAUUUUAUGUACAGCAGUACUUUAUCUAAUACUACAGCGCCUGGUUUGCUUGAUGUAUUGAUGGCUGCUGAUAAAUUUGAGGUUGCUUCAUGCAUGAGGUAUUGCAGCCGGCUAUUGCGUAACAUGGCUAUGACGCCAGAAUCUGCUUUGCUUUAUUUAGAGCUUCCAUCUAGCGUCUUAAUGGCUGAAGCAGUCCAACCAUUGACUGAUGCUGCCAAGCGAUACCUUGCAUCUCGUUAUAGAGAUGUGAACAAGUUCCAAGAGGAGGUUAUGUCUUUACCCCUGGCUGGAAUUGAGGCAAUUUUGUCCAGUGAUGACCUGCAGGUUGCAUCAGAAGAUGCUGUGUAUGACUUUGUGUUGAAAUGGGCUAGGAUUCAAUACCCACAACCAGAGGACCGUCGUGAAGUACUAGGUCAUCGUCUAGCACGUUACAUUCGCUUCCCUUACAUGACUUGCCGAAAGCUAAAGAAAGUUUUAACAUGUAGUGACUUUGAUCAUGAUGUUGCAUCCAAGCUUGUGCUUGAGGCUCUGUUUUUCAAGGCUGAGGCCCCUCAUCGUCAACGAAUACUGGCAGCAGAGGAAUCUGCGUCCAUGAAUCGACGUUUUGUGGAGCGUGCAUACAAGUAUAGGCCUGUUAAGAUUGUAGAGUUUGAACUACCUAGGCAGCAGUGUGUGGUGUACCUGGACUUGAAGCGGGAAGAGUGCACAAAUUUGUUCCCAUCUGGACGGGUGUAUUCUCAGGCCUUCCACCUGGGUGGACAAGGAUUUUUCUUGUCAGCACACUGCAACAUGGACCAGCAAAGCUCUUUUCAUUGUUUUGGUUUAUUUUUGGGGAUGCAGGAGAAGGGGUCCGUGAGCUUUGGUGUGGAUUAUGAAUUUGCGGCCAGAACAAAGCCAACAGAAGAGUUUGUAAGCAAGUACAAAGGGAACUACACAUUCACUGGAGGCAAGGCAGUUGGAUAUCGAAACUUAUUUGCAAUCCCAUGGACUUCCUUUAUGGCCGAAGAUAGUCUCUACUUUAUAAAUGGCGUCCUGCAUCUGAGAGCAGAGCUCACGAUCAGGCACUGAUACAAAGAAAGCUUCCUGCUCCAGAAGCUCUAACCCUCUUGUUUUCCUACUCAGCUUUAACCAAGAAUGAAAUGUAAUAAGUAGGCACCAUGCGUGAGCUAGUUUUGGUUGGGAAGUUGAAACAUAAUUAGAAAUGUUCCUUUAUUCCUUUCAAUAUGUAGGGAAAUGUAAAUGCGGUUGGAUGCACGAGGGAAUGUUCUGACCGGUUUAUUCUUAAAAAUGCGAUUUAAGGGUCA